AUAUAAGAAAUAGAAUUCACUGCUUUCCCCUAAAGUCGUAAAUUUCCCAACUGGUCAUCAGUCUGAAAAUCCAGAAUGUUGAGCAAUAUUUUGGACGAAAUCAUUUACUUCAGGGAUUCUUUAUCCUGGCUGCUCUUGAAACCACCUGAGGAUUUUUGUUUGUUUUUUAAUUACUGCUUCCAGCCCUGUCUCAGACCAAUUAAAUCAGAAUCUCGAGGACAAAAUAUUGGAAAGAAGAAAAGUAAGGCUAAAGAACACUUUAUUUUUAUCUUUAUCAGUGGGCCAAAAGUUCACUACGAAGGGAUUGGAGUUGAUUUAUCUCAUUGAUUGGUCAUUUUAUACAUCAAAGAGGCACAUAUUGAAUCAGCAGGGAGUGUUAUAAAAUCCUUGGAUUUCAGGUUCACAACCAUCUAAGUAAGAAGAGAUAAUGGAACCAAUUGUGGUCCUGGUGCUCUGUCUCUCCUGUUUGCUUCUCCUUUCACUCUGGAAACAGAGCUCCGGGAAAGGGAAGCUCCCGUCUGGCCCCACUCCUCUCCCUAUUAUUGGAAAUAUCCUGCAGUUAGGUGUCAAGGACAUCAGCAAAUCCUUGAGUAAACUGUCAAAAGUCUACGGCCCUGUGUUCACUCUGUAUUUCGGCAUGAAGCGCACUGUGGUGCUGCAUGGAUAUGAAGCAGUGAAGGAAGCCCUGAUUGAUCUGGGAGAGGAGUUCUCUGGAAGAGGCAGUUUCCCAGUGCCUGAAAGAGCUAAUAAAGGACAUGGAAUAGUGUUCAGCAAUGGGAAGAGAUGGAAGGAGAUCCGGCGCUUUUCCCUCAUGACCCUCAGGAAUUUCGGGAUGGGAAAGAGGAGCAUUGAAGAUCGUGUUCAAGAGGAAGCCUGCUGCCUUGUGGAGGAGUUAGGAAAAACCAAUGCCUCGCCUUGCAAUCGCACUUUUAUCCUGGGCUGCGCUCCCUGCAAUGUGAUCUGCUCCAUUAUUUUACAGAAUCGUUUUGAUUACAAAGAUCAGAAUUUUCUUAAUUUGUUGGAAUUAUUGAAUGAAAAUGCCAAUAUUCUGAGCUCCCCAUGGGUGCAGAUCUGCAAUAAUUUCCCUGCUUUCAUUGAUUAUUUCCCAGGGAGUCACAAUAAAGUACUUAAAAAUGGUGCUGAUAUGAAAAGUUAUAUUUUGGAGAAAACAAAAGAACACCAAAAAUCUCUAGAUAUUAACAAUCCUCGGGACUUCAUUGAUUGUUUCCUGAUCAAAAUGGAACAGGAAAAGCACAAUCAACAGUCUGAAUUUACUAUUGAAAAUUUGAUAAGCGCUGCAUUUGAUUUAUUUGCUGCUGGGAUGGUGACAACGAGCACCACCUUGAGAUAUGGACUCUUACUCCUGAUAAAGUAUCCAGAGGUUGCAGCUAAAGCUCAGGAAGAGAUUGACCAUGUGAUUGGCGGAUACCGGAGCCCCUGCAUGCAGGACAGGAGCCACAUGCCCUACAUGGAUGCCGUGGUGCAUGAGAUCCAGAGAUACAUUGACCUCAUCCCCACCAACCUGCCUCAUGCAGUGACACGUGAUACUAAGUUCAGAAACUACCUCAUCCCUAAGGGCACGACCAUAUUAACAUCCCUGACUUCUGUGCUACAGGAUGAUAAAGAAUUCCCCAACCCAGGGGUGUUUGACCCUGGCCACUUCCUGGACGAGAGUGGCAACUUUAAGAAGAGUGACUACUUCAUGCCUUUCUCAGCAGGAAAACGGAUUUGUGUGGGAGAAGGCCUGGCCCGCAUGGAGCUGUUUUUAUUCCUGGCCACCAUUUUACAGAAAUUUACCCUGAAAUCUGUGGUUGACCCAAAGGACGUCGACACCGCUCCAGUUGUCAGAGGGUUUGCUUCUCUGCCACCUUCUUAUCAGCUCUGCUUCAUUCCUGUCUGAAGAAGCGCAGACCAUCUGGCUGCUGGUGUGCUGUCAUCUGCAAUUCCCCCUUCUUUGGGAUGUUGUUCACCUCCUUCCCAUUUCAUUCCUUUCCCAGGAAUGCCUUCUCUAUCCUGUCCUCUCUCCAUUACUCCAUUCCCUCAACAUUCAGUGAACAUCCAACCUCCAUUGUGGAGAAUUUCCUCAUUUUCACAACAUAAACAUAUGCCUCCUAUUCUUCAUACUGUGUAAUACUUGUCUUGGCCACCACAUACAUUAAUACUUAUGAGUUAUUACUAUGUUAUCAAUAUUAAACAGCAAAACAAUUUUAGCCAGCUUC